AUUUUUUAGGACAUACAACAUUUUAUCAUUUAUACGUACUGAUAGUACAUAUAACCAAUAACCAUAUUAUUAUUUUGAAUAACAAAAUAGGGAAAGAUAAAGAAAAUAAAAAAUAAAAAUAUCAGUGUACAUGGGUGCAUCGUACCGCAUUGUCGUCGUGUUAUCGUCAUUGGUUUCAGUUCAGUUCAUCAGCAAAUUUUGUUUUGAUAGAGCGGAUAUCAAUGAAAAUUGUACUCAUGUAUGUAAAUAUACUUGGACUAAAAAACUACUUAUAUAACAUUGGAAUUUUGUAAUUAAAAAUUAUAAAAUAAAAAAUAAAAACAAAUAAAAAUUUUAAAUAAAAAAAAAAUUAAUAUGUUAUUUAACAUUUACUGCCGAUGAAAAAAAAAAUAAACAAAAUAAAAUAUUCCAAAAAAGUUAAGUAAAAUUGCGAAGGUGUAGACACCUUCUUUCUUUAAAACAAAAAAAAAAAUACGAAAAGAAUUUGUAAACUCUUUAAAAAUAGAAAGAAAAUUAAAAAAAACUAAUAUAUCAAAAAAUAUUAAUCACGAAAGAAUAACAAUCAGUGACACCAAGCAAACAACAAGCAGCAGAAUUCCCGCUAAGGAAUUUUUUUUAUAUUCACAUAUAUGAAAAACCAAAACACGUAACCAGUUGUUAAACAAAAACAAACCACUCGAAAGAGAGUUAUUUUUGUUUUUUUUUUCUUGUGGAUUUUUGUAAAAUUUUGGAUUUUCAUCACGAAAUUUAAUAUAAUAAUAGUGUUAUUCCCAUUUUCAUUUUAAUUUUGUAAUUUUUAUCGCUUUUUUUUUUUUGUUUUCAUCAUUAAUAUUUAAAACCAAAAUUGGAAAAUGAAUGAAAAUUGGAUAUAUUCGAUAUUAUUAUUACUGAGUAGUAUAACAGUUAUACUUAAUAUAGCACAAUGUCAGAAAAAUGACGGACCAAUAGGCGCUCAUAGGGUUUAUAGAAAAACAUCAUUUUCCUGUCAGGGACGUUCUACUGGAUAUUAUGCUGAUAUUGAAACUGGUUGCCAAGUUUAUCACAUGUGUGACGGGCUCGGCAGACAAUUCAGCUAUUCCUGCCCAAAUACAACACUUUUCCAGCAAAGGAUGUUAAUUUGCGAUCAUUGGUACAUGGUGAAUUGUUCUAGAGCUGAAAGCGAUUAUGAUGCAAACUUAUUAAUUGGUCAGAAAGAUAAACCUUUUGUUCCUGAUGAUGAGCAGCAUUUAAGGACUCCACGUCCAGAUUUACUUGAUAGACCAUAUGCACCAGAUUAUUCAGGAGAGUCAUUUAGGAAUCAAUAUGAACAGGUACCUCAAGUGUUAAAUCAAAUUGAUGGCUCAGAUCAAGAUGAAGACAAUGCUGCUAAAAAACAUUUUCAAUUAAACCCACCACCUUCUUCAACACGUUGGAGGAUAUCUGUACCUAGUCGAGAUAUACUUCCACCAUCAUCGCAAUCAAUUCGUCGAAUGGACGAUGUAGAUGAUAUUAAUCCAGAUUUAGGUACAAGUUUUAGUUCAAAUUAUAAUACAUCAGCUGAUGUUUCUAGCGAAGAGGAUAAAUUUCAAACUGUUACAAAGCCAUCAACGUCAACCUCGACGACAAUAAAUAACCAGAAAACAUUUGUGACCAAAAAUCAAAGUUAUAAACCCACAAAUAGCCCCACAGUAUACAGAAAACCAACUAUUACUACCACAACGCAAUCCCCGAAAUCUUUCCACAUUACAAAACAACCAAUUUCAAAUGCAAUAUCGGAAACGGAAAUCAAAGUUCCUUCAAAACUUUAUGAACCCCCAUUUUUAUACCCAAUCUGGAAUGAAAAUUACACCGCAUCUGAAGAAAGCAAAACUAGUACUACAGAGAAAUCUGUAAUUUCUACGACAACUACCACCAGAACACCAUUUCGAAUAAUAUCUACUUCAGCACCAUUUUCAGUAUUACCAACAGCAGCUACAACGGCACGUCCAAUACCUCCUCCUAUAACCAGACCAACCACUUCAUCCGGCAAACCGUUUACUCAAAAAUAUACCGCUUCAACAACCUUAUCGUACGAAUCUGCUACAGAUAAAUACUCCAAUUCUUUGGAAACUUUACAACAAUCAGAAUCUUCAAAUCGGGCACCUACAUCUUUUAAUAAUUAUGAUUUUUCCAGAAUAUCAAGUAAAACUUCUUCAACUUCAUAUAACUCAAAACCAACUACUUUACAAUUAAAAGAAAGAAAGACGUCAAAUACCCAAUUAUUAAAUCAGAAACCCAUUGUAGUUGCCUCGCAACCUGAUGAAGCUUCUAAUGAAAAUGAAAACAUUCCAGAAUCAAUAUUCGACUAUAACAUUCCUCAAAGCCAAAGAUUAAACACUCCAAAAUCUUUCUCUAAACCAAGUAGUGUUGCAUUAAAAUCAGUUACAGGGCAAACAUCCUUAAAUGAAGUUGUUACACCAUCUCUAGAUCUAGUUCCACCUUUUCCUGAAUAUAUUCAACAUGAUAUUGCAACAACCCAGGGUCCACCAAUAUAUUAUGACUGGAAAAUCCCAUCAAAUGCUCUGGAACCACCCAAAUUAGACCCCCCAAUUGGAACAGAAGGACGUUUGCCAGAAUAUGAAAUAGAAUUCAGGAAAAAACAAAAAGGAAAUACUAAUCAAUCUCAGUUACAAGAACAAAAACUUCCUUUAGAACAACAGCAACUUCCUUUGGAAAAUGUUUUGCCAACUUUUCUACCAGACGAUUCACAUUCACUUCAGGACUCACAAUUAAAACAAGGUUCAUUUGGUAAAAAAAUACAAUUACAAGGUAUUCCGCCUGAAACUCCUAGUUUAGAUCUUCAACCACCAUUUAGUGAUCAUCUUGAUUUUUCGUCAAAUUCUAACGAUUCUAUAAGCGAAAACAACAAAUCAUUUCCAUUUUCUCACAAUCCGUUCCUAUCUACACUAGCCACAAAAAGUCAAAGAUCUGUGAAUUCUUCGACAAAAACACCAACAUCAUCUCCAAGGCCAUUUUCAACAAGUAAUAAAAGAGAGUUAAUUUCAGGAAAUCAUAAAAAAAAUUCUCCAGCAUCAGAGCUUCAAAUUCAACAACUUAAACGACAAUUAUCUGUUCCAGACUUUUUAUUUCCUUUAGAAAAUGGUAGAACUGGUUAUGAUUUUAAUGAAUCAAAAAAUUCUUUUCAACUUAAAAUACCCAAGCGGAGAAGUGACGAUAAAUCAAAAUGGUACGGUGAAAACCCAGAAUGCCCCGAAUGCCAUCCAUCUUUUGCAAAACCAGGAACAUGUGAACCAUGUAUAAAAAGGCGAUAAGUUCUCUACCUAUAUUUUAAUUUUCCUUAAUAAAAUAUAUACAUACAUUGUACUAUGUAUAUGUAUAUUAAAUGAGCAUCAUUAUGACUAGAACAUUUGUAACCAUAGCCAAAUUAAAAAAAAAAGAUAAAUUGUGCAUGUGGAACCAAGAACUGUUCACAUUGUUUUCAUAACUAUUGCAAAUUAUUGACCAAUAAAUAAACAAAAUUCCAGAAUAUUGGCGAAUAUUCAAAAAAGCCCUACGCAAACUAACUGGAUACAUAAUUAUUCUAUGAAGCAAUACUAAUAAAUUGGGUGCACAUAUAUAUGUACUCGUAUGUUCAUAUGCACCACAUAAUGUGCGUGUACAUACAUACAUACAUACAUAUAUGUAAAAUAUAAAUUUGCAAAUUUUAUAUGAAAAAUUCAUGCGCAUAUAUGAAUAUCUAUGUAUGUAUAUACAAGGAAUACAUAAAUAUGGAUUAAACAAUAUUGCUUACAAAUCUAUAUACAACUGCAAUAUUCAUUUAUGUACAUACAUACAUACAUUUUUUGUAAUAUUGUAUGCUUCACAAGUUUUAAUAAGUUUGUUAAGUAAAGUCACAAGUAUUCAUUUCUUUUAUAUUUAAGAAUAAUCUUAUUUAGUUUUAUAUACGUGUAUAACAUUUAAUAUAAUUAAGCAUACUUAUGUAUAUAGGAUAAUUCACCAAUUUAGGAAAAUUUAGGCAUUACUUCCUUACAUUAUUACAUCGAUUAAUAAGAGAUCUGAAUGCC